AUGGGUUGGCUGAAAUCCUUGCAACGGGACCGUUCGCAGAUCCCGGAUGUCGUGAUUCCCCUCGCCGAUGCCCAAAAUUCGAUUCCCCUUGCGGAAAAGGACGCCAACAGCUUAGAUUCUCAAGAAAAGGGUGCUGGUUUUGCGACUGACUGCAGUACACUAACUCUUGAGGCUCUUCGUGCGGAGGUUGAUUCUUCCGUGGCCGCUUCGGGCCAUAACACUGUCUAUGAUCGCAAAGCGAAAAUCAUCAAUAAAGCCAUCCAGGAUAUUGGUAUGGGCCGGUAUCAAUGGGAGCUUUAUAUUCUGUGUGGAUUUGGCUGGACGGCCGACAAUCUUUGGCUACAGGGAGUGGCCCUCACCCUCACCCCAUUGUCUAUGGAAUUCGGCAUCUCUGAAUCUUAUGUUCGUUUCACGACCUGUGCCUUGUUUGUGGGCCUGAUCGUUGGCGCCACGUUCUGGGGUCUUGCGUCCGAUCUCAUUGGACGCCGAUUGGCUUUCAACACGACCCUCUUCUUGUGUGGCGUUUUUGGUCUGGCGUCGGGCGGUGGUCCGAGCUGGGUCGGUACCUGCGCACUCUACGCUUGCUUGGGAUUAGGAGUGGGUGGAAACCUGCCGGUGGACGCUGCCAUCUUCCUCGAAUUUUUACCCCAGUCUUCCGGACAUAUUCUGAGCUCCCUGGCCGUAUUUUGGUCGGUGGGUACGCUCAUUGCCAGUAUGCUUGCCUGGGCCUUCAUCCCGAAUUACUCCUGUACCGAUGCGAGCACGUGUACUCGGGCAGACAACAUGGGUUGGAGGUACCUCGUUCUGACCCUAGGUGCCAUCACCAUGGUCUUCUGGAUGUCUCGAUUCUGCUUCUUUAAGCUGUACGAAUCGCCCAAGUUCCUGGUCGCCAAAGGUCGGGACGAGGACGCCGUUGCGGCGAUCCACGGGGUUGCCCAUCGCAACAAGAAAAAGACAUGGCUCACGACGGAAAUCCUGCAUGAGAUUGGCGGAUCCGCGACCGCGACCGAGAAACAAAACCUCUCCUCGAAGGAGAUCAUCGCCCGGUCGCUCUCCAAGUUCUCCACCUCGCAGAUCGCGCCAUUGUUUUCCUCCAAGCGCCUCGCAAUCACUACCAUUCUCAUCUGGCUCUGCUGGACCACCAUCGGCAUGGGAUAUACGCUGUUUAAUGCCUUCCUGCCCCAAUAUCUCGGCUCGACGGCUUCGACAUACGAGACCUACCGGAACUACGCUAUCACGUCCGUCACCGGUCUUUUCGGACCGCUUCUUGCCCUCUUCAUGGUCGACAUCAAGUACAUUGGUCGGAAAGGAACUAUGGCUAUUUCCACUUGUAUCACGGCCGUCCUGCUCUUCUGCUUUACCGCGGCCAAGACGGCCGACACUCAACUGGUUUGCUCCGCGCUGGAAUCCUUCACGCAGAUGAUCAUGUAUGGUGUGUUGUAUGCUUAUACCCCGGAAGUCUUCCCGGCUCCCAACCGAGGCACUGGAACCGGUAUCGCGAGUUGCUUGAACCGCAUUGCCGGUCUCUGUGCCCCGAUUAUUGGUAUUUAUGCUUCCAGCAACCCCAGUGCCCCCAUUUAUGCGUCCGGUGCGCUUUUGUUGGUUUCUUUUGUGGCAAUGGUAUUGCUGCCGAUUGAAACUGCUGGAAAGCAGAGUCUAUAG